CCCUGGAUCUGCGGAAUCCCAGCUGAACUUUGACCCCUGGAUCUGCGGAAACCCAGCUGAACUUUGACCCCUGGACCUGUGGACUCAAACCUCCGCAGCUUUUCCUCCUGAGUCUGUGUCCGUGUCUGUGUCUUUGUGUCUGCUGGUGUUUGCAGACAUGAAGAGGAGGCUUCUGCUGGUGUCCAACUCCACCCUGCACGGCAGUGGGUACCUGGACCACUGUCAGCAGCAGAUCGCACAGUUCUUCGGAAAAGAUGUGAAGAGGGUGCUGUUCGUCCCUUAUGCUCUCCAUGACAGAGACGCCUACACCAAGACCGCCAGGAACAAGUUUAAAACUCUGGGUUAUGAGGUCGAUGGCAUCCAUGAAGCGGCCGACCCGGUUGAAGCCGUCCGGAAAGCUGAGGGAAUUUUUAUUGGUGGAGGUAACACCUUUCGGCUGCUGAAGAGUCUCUAUGACAACAAGGUGGUGUCAGAGAUCAGGAAGAGGGUUCUUGAGGAUGGUGUCCCCUACAUGGGCUCUAGUGCCGGCACUAACGUGGCCACCAUCAGCAUCAGCACCACCAACGACAUGCCCAUCGUCUACCCUCCCACCUUUGGUGCCAUUGGCCUCGUUCCCUUUAACAUCAACCCCCACUACCUGGACCCAGACCCCAACAGCCGCCACAUGGGGGAGACCAGAGAGCAGAGGAUCACCCAGUACCACGAAGAAACGGACACAAAUGUUCUGGGUCUGAGAGAAGGAUGCAUGCUGCUGGUGGAGGGAAACAAAGCCACAUUAUUGGGAAGCACCAAGGCCAGACUCUUCACCAGAGGAAAGACCUGUGUGGAGUACGACCCCGGCAGUGACCUCAGCUUCCUGCUGACAGACGCACACUGACCAGUCAGAGAGAAGAAAUAGACCACGGUCAUCGUCACAGAUAUCAGAGUCCGACCCUUUAUGGACACAACACUGUUCAGGAUGACAACAGAAUAAAUAUUUUUAAGA